GGCAGCAAAAACUAAUGAAGCGCGAGCUCAGUCACUCCGGUCAACAAUCCGAAAGAAAGUCAAGAGUAAGACCGUAAAAGAAGACACGUGUGGAGCAGCUUGCGGUUCUCAUCAUGGGAAAGAAUAAAACGAAAGCGCAGAAGCAGAAAAAUGUCUUCCAGGUGGCCAACAAACACAUCAAACCCAAGAAUAAAGCCAAGCCCGUCGCAACGAGCCUUAAGAAGAUAAAUGCUGGGAAUAGCAGAAAAGUGGAAACAAUCAAUAAAAUUUUCACAGAAGUACAAAAUGAAGUGAAGAGUGUGGGAAAACAGAAGUCACCUGAAAGAACACGCAAACUUCAGAUUCCAGUAUCGGCGCCAGUUGAAAGUGUGAAUAUGGAGGCUGCCACCCAGCUGUUUUCACAGCUAUAAGAUGCUCUGGACAAAGUGUUUGCUUCUGUGCCCUCAUGUCUGAUGGCAAAUUGUUUGUACUACGGGCUGUGUAAGCCUGCGUUGCACUGUGUAUAUUAACUUUGAAAAGAAUAAAACUUCUAAAGUAAAUUAAGCUUCACCAAAGUUAGCAAAUUAUACGAGGAAAAAGUUCCUGUCAAAAAUGCCUUCUUUUUUUAUAAAUUGACGUAAUGGUGUUCAGGUCUGUAAUGAUGAAGACAUUAGUGGAAAACUGGGGUUUGGUGCUCUAAACCCAGACAGUUAUGGACGCUGAAGUUCUUGACAUCACUUUGGCUUUUUCAUUGUUGUAUUUUACCAAAGCGGCUGGGUCGUCUCGUUUAACUCCUUAAUUGCAUUUUUGGGCUCUUUAGGCUCCAAAUAUCUGAAAAGUCAGACAGGCUUAACUUGUGUUAUUUUUACCUGUCCAAAGUUUAAUUGGUUUGCUACUUGAAGAAAGCGCAUCAACAGUUUAGAAAGAAAGGUGUAGGUGUAUCAUGGCAGAUGUGCGAUGGACGCCGGCCUCGUUUAUGGAGUACUUCAGUGACUUGACUGUUAACCAGCAAUUGGAUUUUCUUUUUUAGUUUGAUAAGGAGAAAAAAAAAAUAAUUUGAAGGAAAACAGUUUAGUAUGUGGCAAGAGUUAAUAUUUUGUUAACAUCUGUCUAGAGAUUAAGACCUGACACUGAACAUCAGGUAUUUGGUUGCGGAACUCCUUGGGUAGUUGUGGGCGAGUCGGUUACUCGAACAGCACACCUGUUUGCUAUCUUAUCAUUUUAAAACAUAAUUUUGGUGUUCUAGAAUUUUGAACUUCUGUUACCACUAUUGACGGCUUGGAAGUGUACUACAGCUACAACUUCCUGUACAGUAUUCUGUUUAGAGAGAGCUAGCUUCACAGUACCACUUGACGUGGCCGUGCCCACUGUGAAUUGUGCAAUGUGUAGGCAGAGGAGCUCCGGUAGACUGACAUGAGAGCCUCUCGACAAGGCAAACGUUCACAGGGUUUUAAAAUUGAAACCCGGAGUUUUAGGCAUCCAAGCAACGCUGCUUGGGAAGUUUUAGUUUGACACCAGCAAGCGGGGUAAAGCAAUGACUGACGAGAGGGCCUCUCUUGUUUUAGUCCCGUCUAAAUCGCUUAUGUCUGUAACGUUUUACAGGCUUGCUUGUUCAAGAUUCAAGCGACUUUUACCUUCUAUAAAGAAAAAUCUGUAAAAUAACCACCCAGGUUAAACUAGGCCUGUGUGAAUCGACAAGUCAGUAACAUUCUGUCACUUGAGUCACUCGGGUGGGACUGCAAUCACAAGCAUAACUCCUGAUGUAAAACAGGCUUAAAUGGGCAACUAACAGGGACGCCGAUGAACGGGAAGUUGCGUUUUUAGAAAUGUGAGGUUAUAAGAGAUUGAUUUGGACUUUUUUUUUCUUUUUUAAACAAGUGGUGUUUACUUAAUGAAGUGUGGGGGGUCACCUAUUAAGAUUUCAAGCAAUUAAAUUUCAAAUACUACAAAAUUAUCAAAAGGUUUGUAAUACGUUGCACAAUUUAACAAAAGCCAAAUAAAGUUAAUUAUUACA